CAAGCUCAUAAAAUUCUUUCUCAAGCUCAUACGAAUAACACAUCUACUGCAGACUUAACUAUUUAUCUGCAUUACAAUAAUCCGAUGGAUAGACACUGCUAUAAUCUUCCAACAGUAGAUGAGAUAGCUAUUAUUUUGCUUAGCGAUGGAUCUGUAUCAGAAACAAUGUGUGAUAUAGUUAUUCGUCUAUGUAGUAACAAGCUUGAACGUAUUCAUGAAGCUCACCUAGCUUCUACAGAACAAAAUAGAUUAAGAUUUUUACAUAAAAACCAAGGUAUACUAUAUGCUGAUCUUUAUCAGAGUUUAGCUGAUAUUGCAAGAAAUAUUGCAAACGGUGAACUAUCACUUAAUAAUCUUAGACGUCGGGUAAUUCUUCUCUCUAUAUACAUUGGUAGCUCAUACCACAUGUUUGAAAUUUAUCAGGACUCAAUAGCUAUUACUCGAUUUUAUCAUCAUCCUAAUAUUUUUGGAAUUAUGACUGCAAAUCCUAAAUAG